GAUCCACAGUGGGUCAAGCAAGUUUCUCCCCGAAAGCUGGAAGCGUGCUCUUCGUCCACGAUGUUUCCUCUAGUUAAAAUCCUAGAACAGGGUGGGCUUGGAAUAGGAACAAGGAACGGAAGCAGGAAGGGGCGGAGCAGGCACCCCUCCCAGUCUUGGUGCGCGCCGUGCCCCCUACCCUCCGGGUACCUGGGAGGGGACGCGCGGGGCCGACGCGCCCAGACCGCCGAGAUGGCGCCUUUGGCCCGCCGGCUUUUAUGGGGGCGGCUGGGCUCCUGCCCGGCCACCCCCUGCUGGGGCACGGUCGUCUUCGUGUGGCUCUUUCUCAGCACCUUGUGGACAGCCCCUGCCAGCGCCAUCCAGGUGACUGUGUCAGACCCCUACCACGUGGUGAUCCUAUUCCAACCCGUGACCCUGCCCUGCACCUACCAGUCGACCAUGACCCCCACGGCACCCAUCGUGAUCUGGAAGUACAAGUCUUUCUGCCGGGACCGCCUCGCUGACGCCUUCUCCCCAGCCAGUGUUGACAACCAGCUGAACGCCCAGCUGGCGGCUGGUAACCCAGGCUACAACCCCUACGUGGAGUGCCAGGACAGCGUGCGCACCGUCAGGGUUGUGGCCACCAAACAGGGCAAUGCCGUGACCCUGGGAGACUACUACCAGGGCCGGAGGAUCACCAUCACAGGAAAUGCUGACCUGACCUUUGACCAGACAGCCUGGGGGGACAGCGGUGUGUACUACUGCUCUGUGGUCUCAGCCCAGGACCUCCAGGGGAACAACGAGGCCUACGCAGAGCUCAUCGUCCUCGCAUUACUGUGCCUCUUGUGCCUGGUGGAACAGGGACUGCCCCUCUCACCUGGGAUGGAACGCUUUGGGGCGAUAGGACCUGUGUGUGUGGAAGAGAUGGAGUCCCAAACUGAGGUCGAUCCUUCAGAACCCAUGGGAUAUAUCCUGGAACCCUUCUGGGCAAUAGAAUCCCCCGUGGCGGGAGAGAGUGAGUGAAUUACGUGGUGGAAAUCUUCUGGAAAACAGCACCCACAUAGGAUGGGGGGAUGGGGGCAGGAACCACAUGCUAGGACCCUCCUAGUCCACCGACCCCACCUCUUCUGCAGGGCAUACCUCCACCCUGAUGACCCUGGAGCUGGGCUUCAGGGCAGGGGCAGCAUAAUCUGUCUUUCUUUUGUCCCUCCAGGCAGGACCUCUGGGGUGGCUGAGCUCUUACCCGGUUUUCAGGCGGGGCCCAUGGAAGGUAGGGGGGGUGGAGUCCCCCAUGCACCACUUA